AUGAAUUGGAAUCAAUUGGGAACUCCUCUUGAGGAGCAAGCCUACAACAGUGCAACAACUGAUUUCGAAAUUGGAAGUCUUGGAGAUGAAAACAAUUCGCUGUUGUUUAACAAUUUGAAUAACAAUAUCUACAACUUCAACUUGACCAACAGUGGAUCAAACUUUGGUUUCAACACAAUCGACUAUUCUUCGUUACCCGAUUUAUCAUUCAAUAUUGACAGUAACAACAACACAGUUAACAACAACAAUAGUUUCUUUUAUCAACCACUUGUAUCUUCACAAACAUUACAACAACUUCCACUACAACAAAACAACAACCAACAACAACAGGUAUUCCAACCAUAUGACAAUAAUAGUAACAACAAUCAUCAACAACAAUCUACACAACCAAAUCAUUACUCAAUUGAUUACUCUCAACCCAACGAUAUUGUAAGUGGACCAAUCUUUUCAAUCGAUGGUCAACUUCACAAUAUGCAACAACAACAACAACAACAACAACCAACAUCGGAUUACUCAUCGCCAAUGGAUCACACUAGCAAUGUGCUAUCCUCGCCAAGCAUGAAUAUUCCAUCAACCCCAACUAAUGCUAUGGCUACUACCGUCACCACCACAACUAACAACAAUGUCUCGUCACCAGCAACCGCUUCACCAACUUCAUCCAAUGAAGAUGCCGACGACUCUGACUCUUCAGCCGACGAAUCAGACCAAUCCGAUUCCGAACGUGCCAACCGUCCAUCAAAGAAGAGAAAGAACUCAUUCGAUCCAAACUUUAAUUACGGACCUGUCUUACCAAAGAACAUUCAACUCGAGAUCUCAUCCAAAGAGUUUGAAGCCUACCGUGUAAAGUUCUUCUCUGGUAAAAUAUCAAAAGAUGUUGCAAGUUCUCUUAAAUCACAGGAAAGAGAAUCUGCUCAGAAAUCAAGAGAGAGAAAAUCAAGAAAUCUUCAAGACCUUGAGGAGAAGCUUAAAGAGGAGAAUGUCAAGACUUCAAAUCUCGAAGCUAAACUCAAGGAAGCCUCCAUCAAGAACAAUUAUCUUGAGGAGGAGAUCAGACGUCUCAAGGCAGAGCUAAGAAAUAACAAUAACAACAAUCACGUUAUUGCCCCACAACCAUACUUUAAUGAUAGUUGUGCCUCGAGCAGUUCAUCAUCAUCGAGCUUGUCAAGCUUCCUCUCUAUCGGUGCCGGUAUUCCAACUGUUGCCGGUGGACAGCGUUUGGCUUGUUUCUUCUUGUUGUUCUUGGUCAUUCUCUUUACAAACUCACCAUACAACGGAUACUACGGUGUCAGCUCCGCGAGCAACGUUGUUCGUUCCACCACUCAUCCAUUCCAAGCCUCGCCAUACUUUGGCCGUUCCACUUUCUCCAUUCCAACCAAAGACCAGCUAGAGAUGGUCAAGCCCUUCAACAAUGUUAUAGACAGCCGAUACGUAUACGACUGGCAAGGCAAGUCCAACGGCGAGAUCACCAUCAGUUACAACCCAAACAACGCCAACAACAUCAUCAAGAACGUCUUGGACAAACCACAAAACAACAACAACAUGAAACUUUUCAACAAUAACAACAAUGUUAACAACGACCAAUCGCGCAAGACUACUACCACCACAACUACCACCACCACCACUUCAUCGACAUCGAUGACUGCGCCAGCAACAGCAUCCGUCACUGAACCACAAAUCCCAACUUUGCCAUCGUCUCAACACGAACACUUCCACUCUACUCAUCCAGACUCUGAAUCCACCAAUGGUGAGAUCUGUGAUAUUCCACAGUUGCCAAACAACUCGUCGGUCAAGAUCUCCAUCCGUUCCAACUAUAAGAUCACUUCGCCAGACGGAUCCAACAACCAUUCGAUUCCAUCGUCACACGACGAGUCGAUGGUCGGCCAACACGGUAACGAGCAACAACAAUUCAACUACAAAGAGUUGAAUGUCGAUGUAGAACUACUUUUCCCUUCAAGAAUAUUCGAGAAUGGUUCCAAUGAGAUCUCAAAACUUUUGAUGAGCGCAAACAACGGACAACCAUUAAAGAUUGUUGCAAGUGUUUUGGAUCUCGAUAGUGCAUCAUCAUCCUCUUCAACUCAACAACAACAGCAACAACAACCACAGAAACAAGAACCCACUUUUUCACAUAAACAUAUUGAUAAUUUGGAUUAG